GGACUCUUCUUUUUUCGGAGUCUUCGCAGAGAGUGAACGCUCUGUUAAAUAUUUACAAACUAAUAUUAUUCUAAGAUAUAAAUUUUUAUUGGCUAAAAUGCCGCCAGUUAAGCAUUAUUCGUCUAGUGAAGUGAAUCAGUAUGAAUUAUCAUCAAGAUUAUUAUCGUUAACAGAAAACAAUACAUCUUACACGCUUACUCAAAUAAAUGGUCAAAGAAUCUACAGGAAAGCGCCCCAUGCAUGGAGUGGACCAGAACCUUCAAGAAAUUGUGAGGUAUUCAUUGGUAGAAUUCCUCACGACUGCUUCGAGGAUACCCUGGUGCCGCUGUUCCGCCAAGCUGGCGAGCUGUUCGAGUUUCGCCUCAUGAUCAACUUCUCUGGAUGGAAUAGAGGGUAUGCGUUUGCGAUGUAUACGACCGACGCUGAAGCUAGCAACGCUAUACGGAUGUUCAACAACUACAUGAUUAGACCAUCUUGGCAGUUGGGAGUGUGCCCGUCCAUCAACAACUGCCGCAUAUUCAUAUCUCGCAUCCCGCCGACGACUCCCUCGGCUGAGAUCGUCCGCCUGCUGUACGCUCUCACGGACGAGGUUCAAGAAGUGCGCAUACGGCGCUCGAUCGCGUCGUGUGCCGCCAUCGUGGAGUACAAGUCGCACCGCGGCGCCGCCAUGGCCCGCAAGGCGCUGGUGGCGGCGGCUGCGGCGGCUUGGGGCUGCGGAGCUCGACCUGCGGUGGACUGGUCCUUGCCGCAGUCCCCGCAGCUGCUGAAGCAAUAUCGCGAGGUGGGUCGCUGGACGCCGGAGCGUGGCGUGGAGUUGUCUCGCGCGCCGGAGGAGGCCAGCUCGCCGCCGCCUGCCGCGCCGUCCUACACUCUGGAGCCGUGGUCCCAGGCGCGCCGUCUGCGCAUGAUCCACGAGGCGCAGCGCAACGCAGCCGCCGCCGAGUGGUCAAGCCGCAUCGCCAACGGCAUGGAAUCCCUCGUCUCUUCCAUGUCGUCCCUCAGCGUGGGCCUGGCAGGGCUGGAGGCAGGCGAGCGCGCGGUGUGGGCCCCACCGGCAAGCCGCGCGCCGCCGCCGCCGCCCGACUUCAACCCGUGGACGGCGCGCCAUCCGCUACAGGAGUUCAUCGCGCACGCCAAGACCGACCAGUGAGUCUGCUUGGGUUUACUCGCGUGGGUAGGCGUGGCGACAACCGGUAGACGACUG